AUGAGCCGAAAUGAAUUGGUUUCACCCCUUCGGUCGCAUGUGCGCACACAGACACAAGCGUCUUCUCAUACAUCUAUCCUUUGGUCUGUCUAUCUAUCUAUCUAUCUAUCUAUCUAUCUAUCUAUCUAUCUAUCUAUCUAUCUAUCUCGUCUCUUCGUUAUCUCAAUGUGUUGGUUUCAUUAUCUCGUCUCUUCGUUAAUGUUAUCUAUCUAUCUAUAUCUAUAUCUAUAUAUAUAUCUAUCUCGUCUGUUCGUCAUCGUUACCUAUCAAUCUAAGGCUGUUCAUAUCUAUCUAUCUAUCUAUCUAUCUAUCUAUCUAUCUAUCUAUCUAUCUGUAUGUAUUGUUUUUCUGCGCCAGCGGGUUGAUCUGCUUCAACAUCCCAUUGUUCAGCCCCCCCUCUCCCCAACGAGCCGCCAAUGUCACUUGCUGUCACACGUUGGCGUCUGCCAUUUUUCAAACUUGCAGUCGUCACGACCCAACCAACGCUGUCUUGGCAAUAUCAGGGUGCUUCCCCCCAACGCCGAUCUUCUGCGGAUGACUAAUCGUAGGCGGGACAGUAGGGUCGUACAGAAGUGCCAUUCCUUCUCCGUUGAAUAA